ACACUUCUCGAGGGAGACAUGGAAGCCUGGAAUCGCAAAGGAGAGGGUAGGGUUCCUUGCUUUUUUCGCCCACCAGGUAGCUAUCUCUAAUUCUGCCAAGGAUGCCUAGAAGAAAGCUUGUGGAGAUCGAUGUCACGUCGGAUACGGUGUGCCCCUGGUGCUACAUCGGGAAGAAGAACUUGGAGCGGGCAAUCGAGGCCUCGGCAGACGAAUACGACUUCGAGGUUCGAUGGCGUCCCUACUUGCUGAAUCCCAGCGCCCCCGUCGAGGGUGUUGAUAAGCUUGCUUAUUACAAGUCCAAGUUUGGAGAAGGUCGAUUUUCUUCUAUCGUGGGCCGAUUGAGCAAGGUGUUUGAGGAUGUUGGACUCGAAAUCAACUUUGGCGGCCUCACGGGAAACACUCUGGACAGCCACAGGCUUAUCGAACUGGCUGGACGUCAAGGCUAUGACAAGCAGAACGCGCUUGUCGAGGAGCUCUUCCUCAACUAUUUGACUCAAGAGAAAUACAUCGGUGACAGGCAAGUUCUGGUGGAUGCCGCGGACAAAGUUGGAGUCACGGGGGCCAGCGAGUUUCUCGCUGAUCCUAAUGCCGGCCUCAAGGAGGUCCUGGAACAACUCAAAAAAUAUGGCACUGGAGUGAAUGGUGUCCCGCAUUUUCUAGUGAAUGGCAAGUAUCAACUCUCUGGCGCCCAGCCACCCAGCUCCUUUAUCGAAGUUUUCAAGAAGAGCUAGCUAGACUUAUGGUCUCUUUACAUCUUCUAGUGUGAAAGAAUCUCUCUCUCUCUCUCUCUCUCUCCCUCUCCAGACUUAUGGAAGCCAGCGAGUGCCUGGCA